CAAAUUUCUUGCCAGUUGACCGUUGACAUCACGUUCACAUGAAAUUUACGCAGAUUACAAGUAUUACAGCGACUAGCGUAGCUUAUUUCAUUUCGCAAAUAUGCGGCAUUUUAUUUUGAUGAAGCCAACAGUAAUGGCAAACUAUCGGAUCGGGUAACAUCGGUCAAUACAGUGGCGCAUGGUGCUGCUUUGAAAGCCGUUAAUGGCUCAUAUAUCCAAAAGCGUAUAUUAACAAAUGUUUUAAAAAUGUACAAGGAAGGUUUAACGGUUACCAAAACCGCUGACGAGUGGAUGUUUACGGGCUAUCGUGAUCCGUUAGUAACAAUGGGCAGUUUUGCAUCGAAAUUCGUCAAAGAUAUGGUGGUGCCAUUCGAUCGUAUCGGCUGGCUGUACAUGCGCAACGAUAGCUCCGUUUAUGAUGGCCACUUUAAUAUCUAUACCGGCGCUGAUGAUCUACGCAAAAUGGGUCAAAUUUACGAAUGGAAUCAUAAAACACACAAUGGCGUCUAUGAGGGUGAAUGUGGUCGCAUUAGAGGUUCGAUGGGUGAAUUUUUCCCCCCAAAUCUUACUCCAAAAGACACAGUAGAAAUGUAUUUGCAAAACUUGUGCUGCACAAUGCCUUUGGACUAUGUCGAAACAGUGAAAAUUCAUGGAAUCAUAGCUUAUAAAUAUGCUGCCACCGAAAGGGCGCUUGACAAUG